AUCAUCAUCAUCAUCUUUCAUUGCCCAGAAGUUAUUAAUCAGAACCGAUCAAUCUCCGAUUAAUGGCGCCGAAGGCAGAGAAGAAACCGGCGGAGAAAGCACCAGCACCAAAGGCGGAGAAGAAGAUCGCGAAAGAAGGAGGAACGAGCGAGAUCACUAAGAAGAAGAAGAAGACGAAGAAGAGCACAGAGACGUACAAGAUCUAUAUCUUCAAGGUAUUGAAACAGGUUCAUCCAGAUAUCGGAAUCUCUGGUAAAGCAAUGGGAAUCAUGAACAGUUUCAUCAACGAUAUCUUCGAGAAACUCGCUCAGGAAUCGUCUCGUCUCGCUCGUUACAAUAAGAAACCGACGAUCACGUCUCGUGAAAUCCAAACCGCUGUGAGACUUGUUUUGCCUGGUGAAUUGGCUAAGCAUGCUGUCUCUGAAGGAACCAAAGCCGUCACCAAAUUCACAAGCUCUUAAUGAUUAGAUCUAAUUUUGUUUAUCGAAAUUAUAGAUAAUUGUUCUGUCUUUUGAUCAAAUCUUCGAUCUCAUAUGAUGAUACCUGAACAAUACAUUGUUCAUAUGAAUUCUUUUUCUGCUUGAGACCUAUUUCAGUGCUAUUCGUAAGAUUGAUAUAAAAUCAAAAUCUAUAUGAAACGUUGCAUUUCUUAUUUCUGAACAUGACACAUUGAUUACAAGUAAUAGAUGUUAUGUUCUGUC